AUGAUGCAUGAUUUUUCCAUUUUCCACGAGAAAACGCAAGAUAAUGUAUUCGACCAAACACUGCAUAGGGUUGAUUCUAUGGCUGAAAGCCCCGACUUCCGUUGUAGCUACUCUGCUGUUUGUAUUGAGGUCUUCUCUGAUGGCCGGCAAAAUUUACCACAAGAUCCCAAGGAAGAUCCUCUAACAGCAGUUUGCAUCGUGUACUAUCACUCGGAUGAAGACAGAGAAGACGAAACAUGGUUGUUAUAUACUCGUGACAAGAUAUAUUCCGAAGACGAUAGAUACGAUCUGAACCCCCGUUUGAUCUUCUGCAAAAAUGAAAUGACACUUUUCGAUAAAUUUGCUCGACUUUUCCAAAGUCUUAAUCCUGACGUAGUUCUUGGCUGGGAAAUGAGACGACGAUCGCUCGGAUUUCUGAUCAAAAGAGCAGUUUUCGGCCUUGGAUGGAAGAAAUUCGGGUUGUGCCUCAGUCGACACUUUGGAGGGGAUGAAAAUAAUUACUUCGAGAAAGCAACGGUUGGGGAUGUGGCGAUCCCUGGCCGAACUGUCUUAGAGUUCUGGCGCCUGGCUGCUGAUGAGUUGAGUCUGAGAUCAACGAGUUUUGAAGCGGCGGCGUAUGAAGUUCUCGGCAAACGCACUCCAAUGAUGAAACGGAUAAAGAUGCGGAUUAUGUGGAACUCUACUGAUUGGGAAAAAGUGUUAAAUUUCCUCACGUGCAGAACAGAAAGACUUGCUUUGAUGAUAAAGAAGAUCGGGUUGUUAGAAAUCGGAUACGAAGUCUCAGGAAUCGCAAAUGUAUCCAUGAAAGAUUCGCUCACUAGAGGAUGUCAAGUAAGACAUGAAGGUAUAUUCGGAAACUGCUGUACCUAUCUAGAAAUGGUAAUGGAUUCACCAACUGAAGCUGAUGUUCGGGAAUCAAGAGCAGGAGAACAAAUUGCUCUCAAUCUUGAGCCCGAAUCUGGCAUGUAUACUGGUGGAGUUGCUGUUCUUGAUUUUACAUCACUGUAUCCCUCUGUUAUUAUCGCUCAAAACAUGUGCUACACCACCAUUCUCGGAAAUUAUCAAGAUCAUUUGAAUGGAGAGCCUCAAAAUGUUGGUACGAAAUUUGCAUGGGCGCUGCCUCGUGAGCAACUUCCUGAUGAGACGGACGUUCAUUAUGCUUCAACAAACUGUUGUUUUGUUAAUAAAGAAAAACGAAUGGGGAUUUUGCCGCAAAUUCAGACGAAGCUCCUGUCUAGCCGAGCAGCAAUAAAGAAAAUGAUGAAAUCCGGCACUCAUUCUCACCGAGAAUACAAAAUGCUCGAUUCUCGUCAACACGCACUAAAAAUGAUUGCAAACACGAUGUACGGAUACACCGAUGCUGGAUUCUCCGGAAGAAUGCCAAACCGACAUCUUGCAGAAGCAAUUGUCGGUGAUGCAAGAUGUUUGACAGAAAGAGCAGCGAUUGCUUGUAGAGAUAUGUUCGGCAAAACAGUCAUUUAUGGGGAUACGGAUUCUGUCUUUGUCGAUAUGGAAGAAACUGUAAAUAGAGAGAAUAUUGGCGAUCUGAUAGAUUAUGUUAAAACUAUGGCUGAAGAAAUCACAGCAAUGUUCCCGCCACCCAUUGACUUAAAGUUCGAGAAAGUCUACUGGCCCUGUAUUCUGGAGACAAAGAAGAGAUACUGUGGAUAUCCAUGGGAAAAGGCUGGUAAAAAGCCUGAGCUGGAAUCAAAGGGAAUCGAAAAUAUCCGAAGAGAUGGAGUUCUUGCGGGUGGUAAACUGGUAACGAAGGCGGCGAAAACGCUCUUUGACAUGGUUGUUGAUGGCAAACUCAGUUUCAGUAAACUAAAGGGAAUACUGAUAGACGAAAUCGUAAAGAUAAAGUCUAACCCAAUAGCUUUUCUACCUGAUUUGAUAUUUGAGAAAUCAUGGCGUGGAUAUGAUGGCUAUGCGCCAGGAGCUAAAAUUCCUGCUUGGAAAAUAGCAAGAAUCAAAUACAAACGAGGAGGACCCCUCAAUGGCCCUCCUUCAGGAGAACGGAUAAAAUAUUGCGUGGCGGUUCCUACCCCAGAAUCCGGAGAGUCUGUUUUCUCAAGAACGUGGGAAGUUGAGGAAUUCUUAUUUGGUGAUCUUCAGCCUGAUAUAGACUGGAUAAUCAGAAUUCAUAUUCUUCCUGGUUUAGAGCGGUUACUAGGCGCAGUUCACCCUCUACUUCGAGCGUCACGGUGGGAGGAAGACAUUACAGGCCAAGAAGCAUCGGUUACUGCCACGAAUGGUUCAUGGAAAACCUUUUCUGCCGCCGAACAGUGUAUUGCUUGCGAAAUGGAUGAUCCUGCACCCAACAAUGUUUUCUGCGAAGGAUGCAAAGAAAAUAGCGCAGUGAUGCGUGUCGUCGCGAACGAGAAAGAAAAAGUCGAAAACGAUCUAUCAAAAUAUCAGCGGAAAUGCUUUAAUUGCCACAAAGAAGCUUUCGGGACAGCGUCGAUCGAAGAUUUAGACGAAGAGUUUUGCACGAAUCUUGACUGCUCGAACAACUACCGACUGAUCUACACCGAGAGGAACAUGCCAGCAGUACUCAGAAACCGCCUGUUUGAACAUUUCUGUUCCUCUGCAUGA